AUGGGCCUCUUCGUCCAUGGCUUUAUCUGGAUUCGGAUUCUGCUACUUCUUUGGUUCUGGGAUUUAUCUUCCGGUCAGAUUGUCUGUUCUGUCUCAGAUGAUGUGAACAAGGGAACCGUCAUUGGGAAUAUAGCCAAGGAUCUCAAUCUCAAUGUUCAUGAUCUGGAAUUACGUAUGUUUCAGAUUGUAGCCGGAUCCAACAAGAAGUAUUUUGAGGUAAAUUUAAAGACUGGUGUUCUGUUUGUUAAUGACAGAGUCGACCGCGAGGAGUUGUGCCUCAAUUCUCAGACAUGCUCCAUGUAUUUAGAAGCCAUUGUGCACAACCCUGUGAGACUUUACCGUGUUGAAAUAAUACUUUUUGACAUCAAUGACAAUUCUCCAUCAUUUCCUUUUAAAGAACAUAUUUUGAAUAUAACUGAGUUCUCGUCUACAGGAGAGAGAUUCUCCCUUCCUAUGGCCAGUGACCCUGAUGUUGACAGCAAUACAGUAAAAACCUACAAGCUGAAUCCAAAUGAGCACUUCUCCCUGGAUGUACAAAGCGGUGGAGAGCAAAGUGUGUCUGCUGAGUUAGUGUUACAGAAAACUUUAGACAGAGAGAAACAGGCUGUGAUAAAACUGACUCUGACUGCUGUAGAUAGAGGGAAUACUCCCAGAUCCGGGACUCUGCAGAUAGUAAUGAAUGUUAUGGACGCUAAUGAUAACACCCCAGUGUUUAGUAAACUCGUCUACAAGGUGAAGGUUAAAGAGAAUGUAUCGUUUGGAACUAAAUUAAUCACUCUGUCCGCAACGGAUUUAGACGAGGGUUUGAAUAGUGAAGUGUUAUAUUCUAUCAUCAGACACGGAAAUAGCAAAGUUACAGAUUUAUUCUCAAUUGAUGCCGAUACUGGGGCUUUAAGUGUGAAAGGUCCUCUUCAUUAUGAGGAAACCAGUGUUGUUGAGUUGCGUAUCCAAGCAAAAGAUAAAGGCCAGCCUCCAAAAAGUACGCAAUGUAAAGUUUUAGUGGAAAUUAUUGAUGUGAAUGACAAUGUUCCAGAGAUAUCAGUGACUCCACUGAUGGACACAGUUAAAGAGAACAGUUGUGAGACUUUACCGUGUUGA